CAGGCUGCUGUUGGUCCAGACCAUGUUAUAGUUGUUACUACUGAAGAACAGGUUUAUACUUGGGGUGAAGGGUCAAAAGGUCAGCUAGGUCAUGGGAAUACAGAAAGUAAGGGCAGACCUGAAUUGAUAGAAGCUUUGAAUGGUAAAUGUAUAGUUGCAGCCCAAUGUGGAGAUGGUUUUAGUUUAUUUAGGAGUGAGAAUGGUUUAGUAUUAACUUGUGGUGAUGGAUCAAAAUGCAUAUGUUUUCAUGUUGAUGUAGUUGCGGUAACUUGUGGACCUAAUCAUGUUGUUGGUGUUAGUAGUACAGGGGAAGUUUAUACUUGGGGUCAAGGGUCAGAUGGUAAAUUAGGACUGGGUGAUGAUGAAAACUAUUGUCAACCAAUGUUAGUGACUAUAGAUGAACCAGUAGUAUGUGUAGAUGUAAGAUGUGGUAAUGAUGGUACUAUGAUACUAACUGAUAUUGGUAGUGUUUUUGCUUGUGGAAGCAAUGAAAAUAAUAAACUUGGUCUAAAUAACAGACAAGGAUUUUUAAUGGCUAUGAAAAAUAUUUUUAAUAAGGUAAAUCAUAUUUUAGAUUUGUCUUUUUUAUUGUUACGAUCACUAGCUAGACAUCGUGUUAUAGAUAUCUGUAUGGGAGCCUAUCAUUCAGCUGUCAUAGUAGAAUCAGGUCAUGUCUAUAUGUUUGGUAGAAACUCAGAAGGUCAGCUUGGUACUGGUAACAUUAAACCAUCUAAUACCAUAGUAGAAGUUAAAGCUCUUCAUGAUAAAUGUAUCAAUAAAGUUGUAUGUGGUGAACAUUUUACAGUAGCAAGUACUAAAGAUCAUGAACUAUAUUAUUGGGGU